AUGGAGAGCAACCCACCUUCAUCCGUCCUCAUCAUCGGCUCUGGCGUGUUCGGCUUGAGCACGGCCUGGGCGCUGACCAAGCGCCCCCUCUUUGCAGGCACGGCCAUCACAGUCGUUGACCAUGCGCGGGGGCAGUUCCCUCCCACAGAUUGCGCGAGCGUGGACACGUCGAGAAUCAUCAGAGCAGACUAUGCGGACCCCCAUUACACCGCUCUCGCGACCAUCGCGCAGGAGGAGUGGCGGAAGCAGGGGGACGAUGAUCUCGGCGGCCAAGGCCGGUACACGGAGUCGGGCUUCGUCCUGACAGCGGACGAGCCUAAGGAGGUCAAGGUCGGCACCAAGUCCGGCAUGUACUACACCAAGGAGAGCUGGAAGAACGUCGCCGAGUAUGCCGCCAAGAACGGAUACGCUGCCGACAGGAUCAAGACCCUCGAGAGCCGUGACGCGCUCAACGCGGCGCUGGGGACGGACGCACACCCCGGCGACUGGGGAUAUUUCAACACCCUAUCCGGUUGGGCCAAUGCUGGGAAGGGCAUGAAGUGGCUCUACGAGCGAGUGGCAGCCACGGGGAGAGUCAAGUUUGUCGACGCAAGCGUGCAGGAGCUGGCAACAGAAGGCGACAAGGUCACUGGGGCGAAGCUCUCAGACGGCACGUUGCUGACAGGCGACAUGGUAUUUGUCGCUGCCGGCGCCUGGACCGGCGAGCUCAUCGAUCUGAGGGGCCAGGUCGAGGCAACUGGCCACGUCUUGGGAUACGUCGACAUCACCGAGGAGGAGCUCGCCGUGCUGGCGAAGCAGCCUGUUGUGUUGAACCUGUCGUCGGGCCUCUUCAUCAUCCCGCCGCGAGAAACCGUGCUCAAGGUCGCACGCCACAGCUUCGGGUAUCUCAAUCCCACAACCGUUCAUAACGCCUUACCGCCAUCUCCCACCGCGGAGCGCGGGCCCAUUGUCGUCUCCCGCCCCUCGACGCACAGAGACGGGGCGCUCAGCCGCCUGCCGCUCGAAGCCGACGUCGACCUCCGCCGCGCGCUCAAGGACCUCGUCCCCAUCAAGGGCCUCGAGGACCGACCAUGGAGAGAGACCAGGUUGUGCUGGUAUUCGGACACCAAGGACGGGGACUGGCUCGUCGACUGGCACCCCGGCUGGAAGGGGCUCUUUAUCGCGACGGGGGACAGCGGCCACGGGUACAAGUUCCUGCCUCUGCUGGGCGAGCGGGUGCUGGACUGCAUGCUCGGCAAGGGCGGGGAGCUGGGGCACAAGUGGCGGUGGAAGGGCCCCUCGGACGAAGUGACCGGCCGGGAGGUGGACGGCAAGUUUCGUGGACUCAUCACUAAUGAUGGGAGCAGAGGAGGAUACCCGGGCAUGAUUCUGCAGGAUGAGCUUGCGCGGAUGAACUAG